AUGCACGUUCUUGCAAACAACCUGGAUAUAAGGAAUAGUUUACUGUACUUCAAUGAAGUGGUGUCACGCGAGACAAACUCCGCUCAAGGUUCACGCGCGCUGUUGGACGUACAAAUCUGUUCAUUCACGCGCCCAAAUUCAAAGAAAAUGGGAAGCGUGUCGCGAUCAUCAGUGGCACCUCGUCCACUUGUCAAAAUAGAACCUACUGAAGAACUAUCUAAAGUUUCAUUCUCUGACUCGGCACAUGACGAUACACCACUCUCAGGCUCACUGGCAGCUCCUAAUAUCAAAGUGGAGCCUGUGAUCGAGCCGACAUUAUAUCAACUCUAUGACCUUGCUGACGAAAUUCCAUACACCCCUGAAAAAGCACUUCAUGAAGGACUUGGCAUGGUGAAGACACUGAAGCUUGGUAUCGAAAAACUUGAACUUGGCAGUAGCAAGCUCCGUAAGGAUGUUUGGCUCCGUGAAAUAGAUAGUCUCCUCAACCAAGUUAGUCCAACUACGAUGAUAGCUGUCUGUGGUGCAACUGGAGCCGGGAAAUCAUCAACCAUAAAUGCACUGUUAGAUGUCGACGUUGUUCCCACGAGUGGCAUGAGAGCCUGUACCUCUGUAGUCACCGAAAUUUCAUAUCACACUGCACCCACAAUUAAUGCAGAUGUGUUGUUCCUUUCUGAGGCCGAAUGGAGAGAGGAACUUACUGUCCUACUCGAUGACAUUAAGGCUGAAGGUAGUAAUCUGAAGCGCACUACUGACCUACAUGGUGAUGUAGAGGUUGCAUGGUAUAAGGUCCAUGCUGUAUACCCAUCGGUAACUCUACCUCAACUUGUUGAUAUGACCGCUGAUCAGAUGUUGGCCUACAAUACAAAUAUUGUCCACAUCUUGGGCACUACGAGGAAGAUAUCAGCGGACGAUUCAAGUAGCUUUGCCCAAAAAAUUGCGAGAUAUGUUGAUUCUUCCACAGGCCAGAAACGACAGGGUAAAAAGAACAAGACUCAGAAGGGUAAAAAGACCGGUGCUUCUGAUAACUUAGUCAUCAACGCCGAGGAAAAGGAAGACCACGACACAGCUCUAUGGCCUCUGAUUCGUCAGGUGAAUAUACAGUGCAAUGCCUGGGCUCUUUCCACCGGUGCUAUCUUAGUUGAUUUACCUGGUGUCGCCGAUGUUAAUCCUGCAAGGAAUCGCGUUGCGAAGGACUACAUGAAGAAGUGCAACUGUAUCUGGAUUCUCGCGCCUAUCACCCGUGCAGUAGAUGACAAGACCGCUCGAGAUCUUCUUGGUGAAGCUUUCAGAACACAGCUGAUGAACGGCAACUAUGAUGCCCACACCAUCACUUUCAUCGCUACCAAGUGUGACGAUAUAGCUUGUUCGGAGGUUAUCACUGCCUUGGAUCUCGAGGACGACCCUGCGCUAGAGAAAAUCAAACAUUGCAUCAUUUCAUGCAUGGAGGAAACAGCUGAGCUCAAACUAGAAAAGGCUGAUGCAGAGUUGCAGGCCAAAGUUAUCGACGGGUGGCUCAAACGACUCCAAGCCGUUAUACAGCAAUGCCAGGAAGACAAGACAGCACUCGCGAACGGUACAAUGCUUAUGCCACAGUUGACUGCAACAGCACGCCAGACAACCCAGAGCGUAGGCAAGAAGCGAAAGAAUACUCGCAGCAAGGAAUCUGGGCCAGCUAAGCGUUUAAAGAGCAGCACCUUUGAACAAGACUCAGAAGAUGAUACUAGUGAUAGCGACAUGGAUGUCGAUGACGCGUGUGGAGGGCAGAAAUCAGUUGAAGAAGAGCAAGAAAGGAGGACACGCAGCAUGACGACGGCAUCGAAGAUGAGCCAGAGGAAGAGGUUACAGUCAAGGAAAGAGAUGGAAGCGCGGCGUGACCAGAGUACAUUUUGUUCUCUAAAGCGUUCGGAGUUUUCCCGCAAUGCUUUAAAGGAAGAUUUCCGUGUCGGGCUGAAACUUUUUGAUGAUGCCACUGCCGAGGAGCGAGACCCAGAGGCUUUUGAUCCAACUCAGAAUCUGCGCAAUUAUGACGAGGUUGACCUUGAAGUGUUCACUUGCUCGUCCCGUGAUUAUGUCCGGAUAACACGACGAAUAGAUCGUGACGGAGACCCAUCAUGUUUCUCUAACAUUGCCGACACCGGGGUCCCCGCCCUACAACAAUGGUGCCACCGGUUAGCCAUUGGUAAUCAACAUCGUGCUGCGAAACAAUACCAUCUGCAAUUAAAAAUAUUUGCAAACUCGGUGCGGGCGUAUACUGAUGGUAUUAGUGAUGUGAUUCUUGCAGACAGCAAAGCCCUUCGUGAGAAAUGGGAAUCAGUACAGGGUGGUCAGGGUCCGGCACUGUAUGAUGUGGGGAUGAAGGCUGAUCACUUUGAUAUUCCAGGCCUGAAGGGAUUCAAGUCCACGAUGAACAAUACCUCGCGCAUAAAAGUGGAUCCUUAUGGUGAACCUACAGGAAUCACACCUCGGCUGGUGAAAGAUUUUGAUGCAUGUGUCGAAAGAUGCGUCUCGGAUUUGCAAGGUCUGUUUCAUGAUGGCCUUGAAGACAAGUGCCGAGCGGGUGCAGUCAAAGCUGCGCAAGGUGCAGUCCAAUGCGUCGACAGGUUUGCACAGUCCAUGCAUUGGAAUACCUAUCGAGCCACACUUCGUCGCCACGGGUCUUGGCAUCGUGACCUCAAUGUUGAGCUUCUGACGCCAUUCACCCGGAAUAUUGCUUCUUCUUGGUCAACGCUCUUCGAGUCUGAUCUAUUCACCCCAUUAUCAUCUGCCGUCACGGAAUGCGUCAAGAAGCUGCUCGCAGAUGUAGAGGUGAGCGCAGCGGCUGAAUUAAAAGAACACGCAUGCGCACGAAGUUCCGAUUCCCAAGAAGAGGUACACCUCGCAUUAGGGAAAAUCGUCAAGGUCGUAGAAGGAGCGCUUGUACGGGAGCAGAAGGAGAUAUCUCGUUGUCUCGCUCCUCAUGUCCAAACCGAACUGGUAGUCGGCUACGAUCGAGCCACAGGACAGCGAGGCAAAGGAAGUGUCGCGCGACAGAAGACUGUGUUCCAUGACUACGUUGACACACAUAGGCAUGUCGUUUUUUAUGGUGGAGCAGAGGUGCUCCUGGGUCGCUUGUCGGCUGCAGCUGAGGCCGUCGGGGAGGCUCUCAACGAGUCACUCCGGGAACUUGCUGAGAAGGUUGAAGUGUCAAUUAGUGUGCUUUGGGAAGGCAUACCAGAUGAUAUCCGUGUGCGAUCGCAGAUUAUCCAAACAGUGUCUCAGAUGCUGGCACAGCUGGAUAUGUGGUCACAGGCAGCAGAGAAGGUGUCUUUGGCCUCCUAGAUGAUCAUCGUCGUCACUCCGUUUCCUCAAUUUCUUUCAGCAUUGCCAUCGGCGUCUUCCGUGUAUCUCCUUUGCAGUACUUUAGCAGUUGUGUCGGAGCUCCAGUCAUCGUGCUUUCGACUUUAGUCUCGUACUCGUCAUACCAGAGGAGCUAUCGCUGUCCACCCAUUACUUUCCAUUCAGUAAACUACUAAAGAUGAUAAUAUACAGGUGGGUGGGCUUCAUCACCGGCGAGACUUUCCUCCCCA